AUGCCUGUUGACCAAAUUCUAACAGAAAUAAGGGACGAAUCAUCUCUUAAGUGGCCAAGGCCACUCCAUUCAUCGUCUAAUUUGCGCGACAAGAGGAAAUACUGCCGUUUUCACAAAGACCAUGGGCAUUACACAGAGGAUUGCAGGGAUCUGAAGGAGCAGAUUGAAGAACUUAUCCGGAAUGGAAAACUACAACAAUAUGUAAAAAUAGGAGAUUCCAGCAGGUACAGCCAGAAAGGCCAGCACGGGGGUUCAAGGAAAGAUGAAGACCGCCCACCACCUCGUCCACAUAUUGCAUUAGGGGAGAUAAAGACCAUCGCCAGGGGACCAACCACAGGGGGAUCAUUCAAAUCCCUCAGGAAGUCACAUCAAAGGCAGGUAAACAGUGUUCACAGUCUACCUCCCCUGAAACAAAGACGAACCAACCGAGACAUGUACUUCUCAAAAGAAGACGCGAGGGGUAUAAAACAACCUCAUGAUGACCCACUUAUCAUCAUGACCAUGAUCGAGGGGUUCAACACGAGGAGAGUUUUGGUUGACAGUGGGAGCUCAGCCGACAUAAUCUAUCUUCCCGUCUUUCAGCAACUAAAGCUAGACCCAAAAAGGCUCUGUCCUUUCGAGUCCCCCCUCGUCAGUUUCAGUGGAGACAAGGUAUACCCCAGGGGAAUGGUGAUGUUGACAGUGACCGCCGACUCGUACCCCCUCCAGGUAACCAACCAGCACAACUUCUUGGUAGUGGACUCACCUUCGUCCUACAACGUGAUCAUAGGACGACCAACUCUCAACUGCUGGAAGGUUGCUACUUCCACGUACUACUUAAAGGUAAAGUUUCCGACGGAACAGGGGGUCGGAGAGAUUAAAGGAGACCAGGUGUUGGUAAGAGAGUGUUACCAGGCCGUCCUGGCAUUAAGAGAGAACAACACUUGA